AUGCUUGGAAGGAAGUUCCUACUUACAGUGGUCACUUUACUAGGCCCUCUCCUAGCCGCUGCUGCAGAUGUUGCCAACUGGGAAGGACCGCAUAUUGAUGCAGCAGUUGACAACCGCGCAAUCGACUGGUGGUACACCCAGGUAAUAUCCCAAAAGGCGGCUUCAAAUGGCGUGCCUCCUUCCAUUGAGAUUGUUCUCAAGCGGGGCAAUACAUUCCAAUUUGGAACGUCGAAUAGUCCUUUGUAUUUGGUCGAGGUCAACGGCUUCGAUCUUGACGGACUCCCCUUCGCUCAGACACUGGUUUUCAACACAUCGACAGUUGCAGCAACCGGUAACGGCCUUGAAACCAAAGGCACAUGGGGUAAUAAUGAAAUUGGCUUCAUCGCAAGCAAAGACUUGAAGAAGUUCACCGUUACCCUCAACACUGCCGUUGUUUCGGGAACGAUCGUCAUCAACAGCGAAAGCUCAUUCCGUACAGGCUGCGGCGGAACAAAGGUCACCGACUCGCCGUUCUUCGACAAGCUUGUUUCAGAUGGUCGCCCAUUGACAGCGGCCGAAAACAUCUUGUAUAAGAAGACCGGAUGGCGAAUCACGGUUCCGGCUGGCCCAUCGACAGUUGAUGUUACCUUUGGUGGAAAGAAGAUCAAGUUUUCCGGUGCAGGUUACAAGGAUUCCAACUGGGGUCCUAACGCAAUGAACGAUUUCAUAAAAUCGUGGUAUGUCCUCAUCGCAGAGGUCGGCCCGUGGUCUUUCGUCACCUUCAGCGGAGCCACCAUUGAUGGGACCAACAACAUCAAUAGCGGUCAUAUCAGCUACAACGGCCAGUUCAUCAGCAGCCAGUGCAACGUUAUUGGUGAGAGAACCAAGGACAUUUCGAUCAUCACACCAAGUGGUGAAGCGACUGAGGCGGGUGUGGUUGUUCCUACUGAAUUCGAUGUUACCUUCGUGCUUCCGGACAACAAGAAGGUCGCAUUCCAUGCGACUAACAUCAACUCUAACCCCAGCGUCAGCGUUUACCACAGAUGGGUUGCCAACUAUACUGGAGGAGCUGUUGGUGAAAAGCAGUACAAGUCAUUUGGUAUCACUGAGUGGAUGAAUCCUUCCAGAACCCCCCAUUGGCCAACCAUUCCUUAG